AUGACAAUCGGUUGUGAUCCAGACCCAGAAUCAGUAUUAUUAUUCUUGAUACCAGUUACUAUCAAAAUUCUUGGUGUGAUAAUUAUUGUCCUCUUCCUCAUCAACUACUAUUCCAUCCCAAUAACUCAACGCACCAAAUCCCCAUUCUAUGACAUUCUCGGCUUCUACUGUGUCGUCUUGAUGAGUAGAACAGCAUUCUCCACUACUGUCGUCCUGGUGCUUCGUUUGAUUGAUGAGUUCAUCAAUAGAAUGGACAAAUUCGAAGAAUCUGGAAUACAAUUUUUACUGACUCAAGUUUGUAUGUACACGGACAGGAUUGGAGAUGACUUCUCGAUGGUGAUGAUAUUCCUGAUGGCUUUUAAUAGAUGUCUACAUUUUGCUGCGAAGGAUGUUAGUCAGCGGAUUUUUGGGAAGUAA